UGAAUCCUAUAGGUUGAGCGACCGACCGAGAAAGUUGAAGAGAUGAUGUAUAUCGGCGGUGUCCAGGACGAAGCCGGCAACCAAGUCGCCGCCGCCGCCGUGCAGAGCUACGGAGGACUAGAAUCUAGUCCUUUCCAGCCACCAAUGACGCCGCUGCCGCCAGAAUUCUCCUUAAGAGGCAGCGAGGCCUUUGCCGAGGCGGGGUACUUCGACCACCACCGCAGAGAUGACCGAUUCGGCUCCGCCUCCACUUCCACCGCCGCCCCUGGCCCAGUGUACUUCAACGACGGCCAGGACUUGAACUCCAUAGUUGCGGCCGGGUUUCGUCCCUUCUUCGCCAAUUCCGUACCGGAAACGGGCGGUUUCGCCGGAUCUCACCAGGCGGCGAUGACGAGCCCCGGCGGCGAGGGGUUAACGGCGGGUCAAUGCCUUGACCAGCUGUUGUACGGCUACAACUGUCCCACCGGCACUCCGUCAUUCGGCGGCGAUGCCCUGACGUCACAACCGCCGCCGGUCUUCGCCGUCGAGCCUCAGAGAGGAAAGAGGGGUGGCGAUGCACCCGGGCAAAGAACUUCAAUUUACCGCGGCGUAACAAGGCACAGGUGGACCGGAAGAUACGAAGCGCAUCUAUGGGACAACAGCGGUAGAAAAGAAGGAAAUCCCAGGAAAGGGCGGCAAGGUGGAUAUGACGAUGAGGUGAAGGCUGCUCAGUCAUAUGAUAUGGCUGCUAUAAAGUACUGGGGUUCAGAUGCGAUCACCAAUUUCCCUGCCUCAGACUAUAGCGAAGAGAUGGAAGAAAUGAAGGACCUGUCUAGGCAGGAGUUCAUCGCCACCUUGAGGAGGCAUCGUCACCAAGGACGUCGUUGGCAGGCGCGGAUUGGGCGUGUAUCUGGGAAUAGGGAUCUCUACCUCGGAACAUUUGCCACGGAGGAGGAAGCGGCGGAGGCGUACGACAUAGCGGCCAUAAAGUUCAGGGGAACGCGUGCGGUGACAAACUUCGAGAUAAGCCGGUACGACAUUGAGACCAUCCUGACCACCACCCUUCCCAUCGGCAACGGCGCCAAGCGCAAGAAGCUUGGUGCCGCCGCCGGAGGUGGUGAUGAUGAUCUGGAUCGGCCUCAAGAGACUGGCGGGUCCCACGAGGCGGCAGCAAUUCCGUAUAACGGCGGGGCUGGUUUUGGGGACGACGGCAUCUUCGGUAACUUCGGCAUGGUCCAGUCCCCGGUUCCCAUCAAACCGGUUCUGCCCGGUCCGGUUGUUCAAACUCAUCCCUGGUAUUACAACAGCCCCUUAUUAUGCCCCGGUCACCACCCCGUGGUCAACUCGUCGGUUGACUCUUCGGCUGAUUCGCCUGGGGCCGCGACAUUCGAGUUUGCGACCCCGUCAAUGCCACCAUUUGGUGAUGAUUUCUUCGCGUUUCCCCCUCCGCCGUAUCAAUUAAAUGACAGCUACAUUAAUAUUGAUUACCAAGCUAGCUAGAUCUGUUGGAACAACUCCAACAAGAUCAGAUUACUAGCUAACUGCUAUUAUUGAGUAAUUUUUUUGGGUAUUUAACUUUGAACAAGUUUUUUUUUAUGUAUAUAGUUUGCCUUCUACCGCCAGUAUUAUUCACUCCGAGGCUUGGUUGGUGGA